UGCCGGGGUGGCUGAGAGAGCUGGAACUUGCCUGGUUGCCGCAAUCGGAGGGUUGCUGUUCUGGGGCCUGGGCGAGGGCUGGGGCUUUGAGUGGGGCUUGGGUAGGGGUCGGCAGGAGGCCGGGUGGCGGCAUGAUGGAGGAGGAGGAAUUGGAGUUCGUGGAGGAGCUGGAAGCCGUGCUGCAGCUCACGCCCGAGGUGCAGCUAGCCAUAGAGCAGGUAUUUCCAAGCCAGGAUCCUCUAGAUCGAGCAGAUUUCAAUGCUGUUGAGUAUAUCAAUACCCUGUUCCCAACAGAGCAAUCUCUGGCAAACAUAGACGAAGUCGUGAACAAAAUUAGACUGAAAAUAAGGAGACUGGAUGACAAUAUUCGAACCGUUGUAAGAGGUCAAACAAACGUGGGGCAGGAUGGAAGGCAAGCACUUGAGGAGGCUCAAAAAGCUAUUCAGCAACUCUUCGGCAAAAUCAAAGAUAUCAAAGACAAAGCAGAAAAAUCAGAGCAGAUGGUGAAAGAAAUCACCCGUGACAUUAAGCAGUUAGAUCACGCCAAACGCCACCUGACCACCUCAAUCACAACACUGAACCACCUGCACAUGUUGGCAGGCGGCGUGGAUUCCCUGGAAGCCAUGACCAGGCGAAGACAGUAUGGAGAAGUUGCUAAUCUGCUUCAGGGUGUAAUGAAUGUCCUAGAGCACUUCCACAAGUAUAUGGGAAUUCCACAGAUCCGGCAGCUUUCUGAAAGAGUGAAGGCUGCACAGACUGAGUUAGGACAGCAGAUCCUGGCCGACUUUGAAGAAGCAUUUCCUUCCCAGGGUACCAAGAGGCCAGGAGGACCCAGCAAUGUCCUGCGAGAUGCAUGUCUGGUUGCUAAUAUUUUGGACCCCAGAAUCAAACAGGAAAUCAUCAAAAAGUUUAUUAAGCAGCAUCUGUCAGAGUAUCUAGUACUUUUUCAAGAAAACCAAGAUGUUGCCUGGCUGGACAAAAUCGACAGACGCUAUGCCUGGAUAAAACGCCAGCUUGUGGACUACGAGGAGAAAUAUGGCCGUAUGUUUCCACGUGAGUGGUACAUGACAGAGAGGAUUGCGGUGGAAUUUUGCCACGUGACAAGGACAGAACUUGCAAAGAUUAUGCGUACCAGAGCUAAGGAAAUUGAGGUGAAAUUGCUUCUUUUUGCUAUUCAGAGAACAACUAACUUUGAGGGGUUUCUUGCAAAACGCUUCUCCGGCUGUACCCUGACAGAUGGAACCCUGAAAAAACUCGAGUCUCCACCCGCAUCUACCAAUCCCUUCCUGGAAGAUGAGCCGGCAUCAGAGGUGGAAGAGCUGGCAACGGAGAAAGGAGAUUUGGAUCAACCAAAGAAGCCCAAAGCCCCAGACAAUCCAUUUCAUGGCAUUGUUUCCAAGUGUUUUGAGCCUCAUCUCUACGUGUAUAUUGAGUCCCAGGACAAGAACCUUGGAGAGCUGAUAGAUCGGUUUGUGGCUGAUUUCAAAGCCCAGGGGCCACCUAAGCCCAACACUGAUGAAGGUGGUGCCGUGCUCCCCAGCUGUGCUGACCUUUUUGUCUACUACAAGAAGUGCAUGGUGCAGUGCUCUCAGCUCAGCACGGGAGAGCCAAUGAUCGCUCUGACCACCAUCUUCCAGAAGUACCUCCGAGAAUAUGCCUGGAAAAUCCUCUCUGGCAACCUGCCCAAAACCACAACCAGCAGUGGAGGGCUGACCAUCAGCAGCCUCCUCAAGGAAAAGGAGGGCUCAGAAGUAGCCAAGUUCACCCUAGAGGAGCUCUGCCUCAUCUGCAGCAUCCUGAGCACAGCAGAGUACUGUCUGGCCACCACCCAGCAGCUAGAAGAAAAACUCAAAGAAAAAGUUGAUGUAAGUCUGAUCGAACGAAUCAAUCUGACUGGAGAAAUGGACACCUUCAGCACUGUCAUCUCCAGCAGUAUUCAGCUGUUGGUGCAGGAUCUGGAUGCUGCGUGCGACCCUGCCCUGACCGCCAUGAGCAAGAUGCAGUGGCAGAACGUGGAGCAUGUUGGUGACCAGAGCCCCUACGUCACCUCUGUCAUUCUUCACAUUAAACAGAAUGUCCCCAUCAUCCGUGACAACCUGGCUUCUACACGGAAAUACUUCACUCAGUUCUGCAUUAAAUUUGCAAACUCCUUCAUUCCCAAAUUCAUCACUCACCUCUUCAAGUGCAAGCCAAUUAGCAUGGUGGGAGCAGAACAGCUGCUGCUGGACACCCACUCCCUGAAGAUGGUCCUGCUCGAUCUCCCCUCCAUUGGCUCUCAGGUGGUGAGGAAGGCACCCGCCAGCUACACUAAGAUCGUUGUGAAAGGCAUGACCCGGGCCGAGAUGAUCCUUAAGGUAGUGAUGGCCCCUCAUGAACCGUUGGUGGUGUUUGUUGACAACUACAUCAAACUCCUCACGGACUGCAACACAGAAACCUUCCAGAAGAUACUGGACAUGAAGGGGCUGAAGCGAAGCGAGCAGAGCAGCAUGCUGGAGCUGCUGCGCCAGAGGCUGCCCACCCCGCCCUCGGGGACAGAAGCCUCCAGCUCCCUGUCCCUCAUGGCCCCAACACCGGAACAGGAGUCAUCUCGCAUCCGCAAACUCGAGAAGCUAAUUAAGAAGAGACUGUAGGAGCAUUCGGAGCACUUUUUUUCCCUGGCCGGUGACCCUCAACACCCAGUUCCCUGGAAGGCCCCUCAAACUCUCCUGUGCGCCCUGGGACUCUCAGAUCAUCCAUCUUGAAGCUUUCUGGGACAUCCGGGUUGUUAAUGAGUCUCUCCCAUGCCCUGUCUUAAUUCCUGUCCAAAUUGGAGACGUUGAGUAAGGGCCGGGUUAUAAUAAGGCAAUUUAGAUUAUGUCUGAUCCUGAAGGAGAGGCGGCGGUGUGAAGGUCCCUGUGUUCAGGGCUGCUCUUGGCUGGAGCACUGUCAGUGAUUCAUGUAGCCUCAGCGUGGCGGUCACACCCUCUGACACGUGGGCCCCAUUCCUGCUGCACACCUGCCCAGGCAGCUUGGAUGAGGAAGUCUGGAUCCCACCCCUUCUUCCCGCUGCUACUGUUAAGGUCACCUCUGCAGCCAGAUGCUGAGUUUUCCUCCUGUGUCUCUGGGUUUGGUUCUAGAGCCUGAGUUAAUGAAGUGGCAAAUUACAGGUGGAAAACUAGCCUUUCUUUACGAAGGCAAUGGAAAUGUGCAUACUUUUCCAUGUAAAUCCCAGUUUCCUAGUACGUAUUUUGUUUCUGGUACUUUUCAUGCCUUGGCCAGGUUAUCCCUGUGUUCUCCCCAUUUCUCAGAAAUCUCUAAAGGAGAGAUGCCCUCAGUCUCUCUGACCCAAGAGGGUUGCAUGUGCCAGGCCUUGGAAGCAGGUGGCCUACCUGCCGUGGGGCUCCUGACCUGGGUGUGGGGCAGACCCAGCUCCGAUCCUGGGCCUUGUUUCUUCAUCAGUUUCCAGCCUAUUCCUGCUGGUCAGUCCGCCUCUCGUGUAUUGGGCAUCUCAAAUUUGAGAACACUGAAAAGAAAAUAAAGGGUGGAAGACAGAGGCAUGACCUUGAGUGGAGCUCCAUUAGGGAAAGAUUCUAUUAAUGAAUAAGCCAAGUGCAGGAGGGGCGGGGAGGGCACUGGGAGAGCACCAGGAGCUCGGCAGGUGGCUCCUGCCUGGCCGUCGCGGUGCCCUGGCGAGGUUCCCCAGCCUUCACCAACUGCAGAGAAGGGCAAUGACCCAUCUCCAGACGGUGCGGCCGACUCCGCCAGCUGCGUCGACCUAGGGGAGCUGGGAAAGCCAAUGGACUCCGGCACCUGGUUCUUGUCACUCUCUUGUUUACAAAUCCACACUUCUCUUCUUGGUUCAUUCUCGAGGAGCCAAGUUCUGGACAUCUCUGUAACGGCAUUGAGAUGUCAAGCUGCUGUUUUCCACGGUUGGUGGUCACAGCCAGGGAAGUUGCUUUCUUGAUUUAUUACAUUGUCAGUAAUCCCCAAGGAGCCAGCAGAUGUCAGUAGGAGUUACGUUAACUGUCUGGUUGAUGGGGACUGAAUGCAGUAUGCGCAUCCUGUAAAGACAGGAUACUUCUCCACAGGGGAUAUGCCUCCGAAUCACCUGGGACCCUUUGAAGAAAUGCAGAUGCCUGGAGACUUUGAGUCAGGAAGUCUGGAGUGGGGCCUGGCAUAUGGGUUUAAAAGGUCCAUAGGUGAUUAUAAUGUUUAUUCCUUGCUACGAACCAUUGCAGUAGAGAGAAAUUUGCUGCAUUGAAGCUUUUGCUGCAUUGAAGCGUUCCUGUGGCACAUUUGUAUAUUUAAUGUAAGCAAGUUCUCUAAGCAAGAGUAGCUACUGUACACCCGAGCUGGUACCAGCAUGGUACAUGUGUUUUGCCGAGAGCUGGCAGCUGCGAUUUUAAACUCGUGUUGAUGGGGGGACCAUGUCAGGGAUCAGGCUCUCCCCACACUGUUUAGGAUUCUUCUUGAUUUGACCAAAUCCCAAGCAGAAGCCUUGUUUUAUCUUGUUUUAUAUGUUAUUCAAAAUAACAUAUAAAAGGAACAUCCAUGAUAAAAGCAAAAGCUUAACAGCUCUGUGAUUCAGCUAAACUUGUGCCCAUUCCUUCCUUCCACUUUCUAGAGCCCCUUUAAGAACCAAAAGACAAAAACAACUUUGAAGUCACUUUGUGGUUAAAAUAAAUAUUGGUAAUGUACAAUCAGUAAAGAAUUCACUAGUGCUCUUGUUAUGGGCACACUUCUCUGAUAGCUGGCUUAGAGGUGCCCCAGCUGGAGAAAAUUCCAUUUGGACUGUAACGGUGAACGGGGAGCCACAGUGGACAGGGUGUUUUGACCUGCAGGUUCAGUUCUGGGAUCGAAGCUAACUCUCGCCACUCCUCCCUAUCUUGAAGAACAAAGGUUCAGUAUCCAGGGCUCGGCCCACCACCCACAAAAGGUGCCUGCCUUGUCAUGUCUAGGGAGGCUCCUCCACGCAGAUCCAACAGGGCUGAGAGCAGACAGGCUGAGCCCAGCGUGACAGGCCUGAGGCUGCUGCCUGGUGCGGGGGAUGUUACGCUGGCCCAUCCUGAAUGGCUGCUGGCCCAGGAAUCCCGGUUCCCUGUUUACAGAAUGCUGGGGGAAAUGCCAGGAGCGCACAGCUGGAAAUGUCAUUCCCCUCCCUAGGAAGAGAACUCUCAAAAUAACCGGCUUGCUGGAGGGUAAAGGCAAGUGUUUCACACUUCUUGUCUACUCCAAGUCAGAUUCCUAAAAAUAAAAUAGAACUGCAUUUAAGCAAUAGCCUUGGAAACACGGACACAUGAAAAGCUGGCAUAUGUAAAGAAUACUAUUGCAUUUUAUAUAUUAAAUAAAAGUUUCCAGUCUCAUUCUAGUAGUUAUCAAAAUAGAUAGCCUCUUGGACCCUCAAAGUUCUGUACCCAUGGGAGAUAUAAAUUUCCUUAAAGGGAUUGCUUUUUUGUGUAAAUAUCUUUCAUUUUUCCCCAUCUGGAAGUGAUUUCUUGGUGCAUAUUGGAGCCCAAAGUACUGCAGUUAAUUAAAGCAUUACUGGAUGUCA